AUGGGGGGUCACGGCGGACUCAACAUUCUGCCGCAGAAGCGCUGGCACUUAUACAGACACGACAACAGGCUGCGCGUGCAGCGCGACGAGGCGGACUUCCAGGCGCAGGCGACCGCGCAGAGGCAGCAGCGUGAGCAGCGCUCGAUGACUGACAUCUUGACACUGCUGAAGCGCCGCAAGCUCGAGGCCGCUGAACACGCCAGGGCGAAGGAGGACGACAGCGAGGAGCCCCGCGAACCUGCGGCAGAGGAGGACGCCAGCGCCGCCGCGGACCGGGGAGCGACAGCCUGCAAGCGAGGCCGCGAGGCGCCCCGGGCGACCGCGGGCCUGCUGGAGUCCAGCGGCGUCGCCGUUAGCUCUUCCGCCUCGGCUUGGUCUCCUUACGCCUCCCGCGAAGCUGCAGGAGGCGCGGGGGGCCCUUCGGCGCCCAGCGCCCUCGAGUCGGCUUCGAUCCUCAGGGCCACGUCGCGUGCUGCGCAGGCGUCUUCCGCUGGGUUCGCGGCAUGCGAGGCAGCCGCCGCAGGAUGUGUGGGCUCUUCGCGGAGCCUGGCGCGCGCCGGCGCUGCGGCCGCCUUCGAGGACGCGCUUGCCUUCGAGGCGGCGACUCUGCCGAGGGACUUUGAGGACGUCGACGGCGCGGGGGCGGAUGCCGGCGAGUUCGCGUCGCUCGGAAGCGGCAUCGGGUUUUUUCUCUCCACGCAUAGCGCGGCUGAGAUCGUGCGGGUGCCUGCCGGCGCCUUGUCGGUCUCCUCGUCGCGCGCGGCUGCGGCGCCCGACUCUGCGGACGCAGCAGGCGUCGCCCCAGGCCUCGUCUCUCUGCCGGAGUCGAGGCGCGUCGGCAUCCCGUCUUCGGCGGCGCUAGCCAGCGUGCAGCGGUCGUUUCUGGCUGCGCCACGAGGCCCAGCGUGUGCCUCCAGGAGCCGCCGAGAGGAGGCGAAGGCGGGGCUGCAGCACGUGAACUUUUUUCAGGCGGAAGAGAAGGAGAUGCAGAAGCUGGAGGCGCAGCGGCACAAGUACCUCGAGCAGGCGGGAUACACGCCCGACGCGAAGAGCGACUUCGACAGCCUCGUUCGCGCCUCUCUCCAGGAGGAGCCCUGGUACCACCGCCCGCCUUCUUCGCUCGACGCCGCGAAAGAAGCAAAGCCGCUCACGGCGCACGAGGCACUCGUGCGCGCGCGGCGCGAGCAGGCCGCGGCCGUCGCCGCAGAGUUGCUUCAAAACAAGUCGCGCCGCAGCCGCGGCCUGCCUGAGGCGGAAGGAGCCGCUGCCUCCGCAGCCGACGCGACGUCAGCUGGGCAGCGAGACCGGCGCGAGGCCCGCGAGGGGAUCCCGGGGGCGGCGAGCCCGCAGGCGAGAGAGCGGGAGGCGGGGGCGCGGGCGAGGCGGAAGAUGACAGAGAAGAAGUGGAAGAAGCUCGAGAAGAGAAGAAAGGAAAAGGCAAGGGAGAAGGGCAAGCGCGCGAAGCUGAAGAAGGCGCGCAAACGACACAGAGAGACUGGCGGCGCGGCGGUGUGUCUGGUCAUAUCCGACGAGGAAGGCAGCGUCGUGUCGAUUCUCGCGUCCUCAGAUGAAGACCGGCAGCGGAGCGGAGACAGAGAGAAAACGGAAACGCGAGGAGAGCCGAAUGCGCGCCGACGCCCGGCGGCAACGCGAGAAGGCUUGCUGGAGGUCUCAGUCGACUCGUCAAGUUCGGAUGCCUCGUCGAGCGACGACCGAGAGACAGAGGGCCCGCGGGGCAGGUGCCCCGGGGGGCGGGGCGCCCGACGGAGCUCUCUCUCGCCUUCGUCUGACUCGUCGGUCUCCGUGGUUGUCGAGAGCGGUUGCGAGGAGAGGCUCUGGAGCGCGCCGCAGCGACGGCCUGAGGGAGACGACGGCGAGGGAGAGGCCGAGGGGGGCCCGGCGCAGGGCGACUGCUGCGUUCCUACUGAGGACACCUCCAGGGACCCGAAUAUAAGCCGAGCAGCUGCGAGGCGCGAAGGCGUCUCGAGGUCGCGCGCGCCUCGCCCACGCGGAGACGAGGCGAGGGCAGACUCUGCUGCUGCUGCUGCUGACGAGGCGCCCUGUGUCGGCACGCAGAAGGGCUAUCGAGCUGAUGCAGGCUGCACAGAUCGCGCCGAGCCGAGGCGGCGAGUGAUAGAGCGGGAGAGCGUGGAGCUAGACGAGCUGAAGGGGAAAUCGAGGACUGUCGGGCGCGACAAGAAAGCCGCGAGGCUGCAUUACAUCAAAGAACUUGAGACGAAGUGGAUCGCCGAGCAGAUCGCGCGGGAAGAAGAGAGAAAGCGUGAGUGA